AUUAAGCCUCCUCAACAUAACUUUGUAUUAAAAACUAUUCCUCUCAGUUGAAUGCUGAUAUAAAAUUUCCCACAGGAAUUCUCUGGAUCAUAAAUCAGAUACAACUGGAAGUAGUAUUAUUGUAGCAAAGUGAACAUUUUUCCCUCAUGAAAAUGUGGCUUGGCAAGAAAAUUAUCUUCCUUCAAACUCUGCUUUGUUUUUCCAUAGUUGGAACCAAUUCCCAUGGAUUGAAGGAAUACCAUUUUGUUCUGAAAGAAGCUCAUUAUAGAAGACUCUGCAGCUCAAAACCCAUAUUGACAGUGAAUGGACAAUUUCCAGGGCCAACUGUUAGAGCCUACUAUGGUGAAACGAUAUAUGUCAAUGUUCACAACAAGGGAAAAUACAACAUCACCUUGCACUGGCAUGGAGUGAAACAACCAAGGAAUCCAUGGUCAGAUGGCCCUGAAUACAUCACCCAGUGCCCCAUCAAACCUGGUGGGAAAUUCAGGCAGAUGUUGAUUUUUUCUAUUGAGGAAGGAACCAUAUGGUGGCAUGCUCAUAGUGACUGGGCAAGAGCCACUGUCCAUGGAGCUAUCUAUAUUUAUCCAAGAAAGGGUGAAUCCUACCCUUUUCCCACACCUGAUGAAGAAGUGCCUAUUGUAUUAGGAGAAUGGUGGAAGAGUGAUGUCAGCGAUGUGUAUGAGGAAUUUCUCAGAAAUGGAGGAUCCCCAAAUGAAUCUGAUGCUAUCACAAUAAAUGGUCAACCUGGUGAUCUCUAUCCUUGCUCCAAAUCAGAAACAUUCAAGUUAAAUGUGCACUAUGGCAAGACUUAUCAUCUGCGCAUGGUCAAUGCUGCAAUGAAUCUCGUUCUCUUUUUUGCCGUUUCAAAGCACAAUCUCACAGUUGUUGGUGUUGAUAGUGCCUACUCUAAGCCAUUAACAAGAGAUUACAUAUGCAUAGCUCCAGGACAAACAGCUGAUGUAUUAUUGCAUGCCAACCAAGAGCCUAAUGACUACUACAUGGCUGCAAGGGCAUAUUCAAGUGCACUUGGAGUUGCCUUUAAUAAUGGCAUAACCACAGCUAGGAUCCACUAUCAUGAGAAUCAUGCUCCAAACAAAUCUCCUUCAUUACCUUAUCUCCCUCUUUACAACGACACAAAAGCAGUUUUUGACUACUAUGUUAGCAUUAAGGGCUUAAAUGAAGCAGACCCCUAUCAAGUCCCUACAAAUAUCACCACUCAUAUGCUAACCACCCUUUCAAUUAACACAUUUCCAUGCCCUGAAAACCAAACCUGUGCAGGACCAAAUGGAACACGUUUAGCUUCUAGCGUGAACAACAUAAGUUUUGAAAACCCUACCAUUGACAUACUAGAAGCCUAUUACUACCACAUCAAAGGGGUGUAUCACAAGGGGUUACCAAAAUUUCCUCCUUUGAAAUUUGACUUUAAUGCAGAGUAUUUGCCUCUAGAACUUCAGAUACCAAAGAAAGGAACCAAGGUGGCUGUUAUUAAAUUUGGUUCAACAGUUGAACUUGUUUUUCAAGGGACAAAUUUGGUUACUGGGAUAGACCAUCCUAUGCAUCUGCAUGGCACUAGUUUCUUUGCUGUUGGAUAUGGGUUUGGGAAUUUUGAUAAACACAAGGACCGCAAGACAUACAAUCUCAUUGAUCCUCCCCUUAUGAAUACAAUACUAGUGCCCAAGAAUGGUUGGGCCAGCAUAAGGUAUAGGGCUUCUAACCCAGGAGUGUGGUUUGUGCAUUGCCAUCUAGACCGCCACCUCUCUUGGGGCAUGGAGACUGUGUUUAUUGUGACGAAUGGGGAAGGAGAUGCUGAAAUACUACCUCCUCCUCCAGAUAUGCCCCAGUGUUGAAGAAUAUUUCAUAGUAAAGAAAAUUCCACAUGGCACGGUUGUUUUAACUCAGGCUUUGAGAAUUGUAUUUGAAGAUUUAAUAGAAUAAAGUUUUGCAUAUGUUGAGUUUUUAUGAUAAGGAAAAUGUUGCAUAUAUAGAGAACUUUAUACUACUGCUUAAAGAAGAAAUAAGAGUACCCCCUUCGGACUAAA